AUGGCCACCCGGCGGCCUCAGAUACCUGUCCAACUUCUCCAGAACUCUACGCACUCAAACUCUUUGUCAAGCGCACGAUUCUUCUCCACAUCUGGGCCUUCAUUUUCUCAACACCAAAGAUCGUAUAGCACGCCAACCACCCAACCACCAAGAUCUCGCUUUUUCGCCCUCCGGACGAUAGAGGGUCAAGGUGCAUGGCGAAGGUCUCUCGCUGACCUUAAAGAUCGUCGUCGUCAACCAGUAAUCCGACGAAUACAAGUCGGGAAGUAUAAACACUCUGAACAACUGUCAAAUACACAGCCCCUCAACCACCUAACAGAAUCAGGCGAAGCACAUAUGGUUUCGAUUGCAAAUAAAGUACCCACCUCCCGCUCUGCCACAGCCACAUCCACUCUUCUUUUCUCCAAGCCUCAGACAUAUGAGUCGUUGGUUUCUGCACAACUCAAAAAGGGCGAUGCGAUAGCAGUUGCACGGAUAGCAGGCAUCCAAGCAGCCAAGAAGACCUCUGAUUUGAUCCCGCUUGCUCACCCAUCACUGGCCAUGACUGGUUUGACCCUCACAAUAAAGCCAUUUGGCCCCUGUACUUUGCCCCCUAAUCACAACUUGACACCGAAAAGUUAUGGGUUGUUCAAAAAUGGUGGGGUUUACAUUGAGGCAAAGGUUGAUUGCGAAGGUAAAACUGGGGUGGAAAUGGAAGCCAUGAUGGGCGCCUCGGUGGCAGGUCUUACAAUGUAUGAUAUGCUCAAAGGAGUCGACAAAGCCAUGACCAUGACCGAAGUACGGGUGCUUCGCAAAUCUGGAGGCAAAAGUGGCGCAUGGAGUUAUGACUAUGCAACAAACAAGAUUAAGAAGGCCGACAAGACUGAUGACACCCACUCAGGAGCUGACUGGAGGGGCAGAGGUGGACCUGUUCGCAACCAGCCAAAGACCCCAAAUCCGAAUAAUAUUCAACCGAACAGUUACGGAGGCCUUUCUCAAGAGAUUAAUGAUGAAGACAUGUACUCCACAUCUCAGCAACAAGAUUUGGAACCCUUCAUCACCGACGAAUGGGCCUGGGAGGGGGACAAGGAGGCCAAGGCUGACCAGAGCGACCCUGUCGAAGAUCAAACCUCUUCCAGCAACGACGAGAACAAUGAUCCAAGAGGCUUUCCUUCCGAGGAGGUAACAGUACACCACGAUAACUCAUUCCGAACUGCUUCACUCCGAGCAAAUGUGAAGACUUGUCAACAAGACGUAGAUCAUGGCCGCUUGAUUCCAGUGUCCAAGAUCAACCCACAACUCAGCGUCAACCGUAUACUGGACACCUCCAACACUAGUGACGAUGAACCAGACUAUGAGAGGAAGGUGUUGUUGAAAAGGGGUUUGGUCACUUAUCGUGAUCUCGUCAACGCCCGCAUCCGGCGUUGGCAGGAGAAAAACGAUACGAAAGGAGCGUUCUUCUCCAUCAGCACCUUUCUUAGCAGUGAACGGUCAUGA